GCAUUCAUUGCGAAUCACAUUGGCCGUGAAGGCUUGCUUCGUAUGCACUGAGCUGCAUCAUGUUCAUGGGCUUUUGUCAGAUUUUAUUUAUAUGUCAAGUGAUAAGUAUACGUAAACAUAAAGCUAUAUUGAAUUGUUUACCUUCUUGAUUAAGUGUAAAUUUUAGGCUGGAUUAUAAUUGUUGAAGACAUGCCCAAAGGAAAACGAAAGGGAAAGUCAGGGUCCACUCCGAAGCUACGGCCAGACGCUGUUGGCGUAACAUCAGAUGAAGAUUCACUAAAUGAUAAUGCAAGUGUCAUCAGUCUCGCCUCAGAAAAUCGUAGCAUAGCCGAAGAAGGAGAUGAAAUUGAUGAGCAGACACAAGAAGAAAUAUUUGAAGAAAAAUUAGGAGAAGCCAUUGAUGGUUUAAAUCAAAAAUCGGCUCAGGGACGAACAGCUUCCCUUGAAUCGGUUGCAAAAGCAUUCAUUAAAAAAUGUGUACCUGAAUAUGUAAUUGACAGGCGCUUCACGUUGACUGAUGGUGUGGAACGCAGCCUAAAGAAGGGCCGGAGUGCGGAACAGGCAGCUGCAGCACAGUUGGCACCACUUCUUUGUGUACAAUUGGGUGCUGGGGAGCAUUCUGAAGAAGUUUGUCGAGAGUUAUCACCAACGUUAAGUGUUGUUGCUCACGACAACUCUGCUUCUCCAUUAGCUAGAGCAAAAUGCUGCUGGGCUCUUGCCAUGUGCAGUUUUCUCUCAGGUGGAGAAAUGAAUGAUAUAGUGCAACUGAUGCGUUCUAUGGAAACAAUAUACAGUGCUUCCUAUCUCAAGGGCAAUGGCACAGUACCUGUAGUAUCAGCUGAAGUGGCUGCUUUACAUGCAGCAGCUAUUUCUUCAUGGAGCCUUCUUUUGACUUUAAUGUCACCAGGAGAUGUGUAUAUGUUGUUAUCAGACACUGAUACAACAUUUUCACCGCAACUUUGGCAGCUAGCUGAACUCUUAGAAUCUGCACACUUAGAUGUGCGUAUGGCGGCAGGUGAAGCAAUGGCUCUUGUGUUUGAGAUGGGACGCACUCAUUCCAUAGACUUCCAAGAAGCUGCCACACCUCAGCUUAUUGAACGUUUGCGAGAAUUGGCAACAGAUUCCCAUAAAUAUAGAGCAAAAAAGGAUCGUAAGACCCAGCGUUCAAGUUUCAGAGACAUUCUGCAUUAUGUGGAGGAUGGUGAUCCACCAGAUAUACAAGUGAGAUUUGGUCAAGAGGUGUUAGCAUUAGACUCCUGGUGCAGGAAAAAGCAAUAUGAUGCUUUCUGCCAGGUUUUAGGGUCUGGCAUGAAUCUUCAUUUGACAGAAAAUGAUCUUGUUAGAGAGAUAUUUGAACUCGGAGAGAGGAUAUCACCUCUUAAUGCAGCACUUCACAAGCAGACAAAGUUAGAAAGGCAUUUGAUGAAUGCAGCAGCGUUUAAAGCUAGGACUAUUUCGAGGAGUAAAAACAGAGAUAAACGUUCCUCUGUAAUGGCAUGUUGAUGGCUGUAAUACGCUUACCAAAAUAAAUUUUCAUAGGGGAUGUACAACCAUGUUCUUCCGUAAACACAGCAGAAUUACCUUGCAUUAUGAAGUGGUAAACUACAGGAAAUAAUUUAUUGCCGAACUCGUUUCUUAUGAUAACACAGAUGUUGCAUUUUAAUAGUUUUGGUAUUAUACUUUGAUGACAGAAAUAUUAAUGGUGCUAGACAAUGACUGCUGUAAUUCUUUUUCUUUGGGCACGAGUCUUCAUUUUAGAAGUGAUUUUUACAAUUUAAGAAUGUUUGAAGUUGUUUUGAAAUGUAUCCAGAAUCAUAUAUGUAUAGUAAGUAUUAGGAACAUUGUCAGUGUAGAUAAAUUGUAAACUUUUUAUUGUUGUGGAUUGUGGCUGUUCUGUGGUUGUAAUUGUCUUGUGAGCUGGUUGAUGAUUUCUACUGAAUUACAUUCUCAAGACUAGGCUGUACAGUAUGAAUUGCUUACAUGUUAAGCAACCUGGAAUAUCUAAUACUCUGAACUUUUUUGUGGUGAGAGAAUUUUAUCUUCCUUGUAUUAUCUUAUUGACAAAACAUUCAUUAUUCUUCAUUUUGCUGUUAGAGGAGGCAAGACAGGUCCCUGAAACUGUGGAUAUGUCUCAGAAAAAAUUUAUUCUUUCCAUGAACUUCUGUCAUAGUAUAUGUGACAGACUAUGAAAAUUGGGAUAUUAAUGCAUUCCAAAUUGAAAUAAAUACUGUACUGUGGGAAGAUUGUGAAUGUUGAACACAAUUAAUUUAUUUUGUAGACUGGUUUAGUUGAGGUAUUUACAGUAUUCACUGUUGAAGUGAUAAAUAUUAUGUGCUUAGCAGCUUCGUUUUAUGCAAGUGUGUCAAUGAUCAGUGUAUAAAAUGCAUUUACUUCAUCACUGACUUUUCCCCCCUUCCCCUAUUGAAUGAUUUACAGAAGAGAAACAAUAGAUAUCAUAUGAGGAGCAUAUCACUUCAAACUUGUUUUUUGUUUUUUUAGUAAAAAGCGGAAAUGUUUGACAGUAAAGAAACAAAUACAUUGAAACUGAUUGGAUUUCUAAUGGAAUUUUAGGAUUAAACAAAUUUAAGAAAGGCAUGAUAUACUGUAUUUUCAUAACACUUGUUUUCUGCAGUCGGAGGUUACUGUUCCAGACAAAAACUUUCAGCCAGGUUAAUUUUACUAACAUUUGUAAUGUAAAGAGUAUAUUUGAUAUUUCAAAUGGUCUGUUGUGAUUUUUAUAAAUGUAAUAACUUAACCACAAAACUUUACAGAAAAUAAAUUGAAAGAGAUUUCAUUGAAGCAAAUCAAGCAUAUUUGUUUUACCAGUUUCAAGCAAUGAACAUAAUGGUAUCACAUCUUAUGAAAGUUGAAGUCUUGUUGGCAGAAUGGCUUCAUAUGCUUGUAUUUAUUAUCACGAUGAAAAUGAGUCAUAUUUGUUUUACAAAGAAAGGCAAGGAGCCUGCUUCUCAUGUUUGUUAGUUGUACUGUGUUGUUCUGUUAUCUAUGCAAAGUAAUUGUACUAGUCCAUUUAUAUAAAAACCAUGUUUGUACAGGUGAUAGAUACUUGGAAUAACUUCUCAAAAGAGACAACAGUUUUGAACCUAAAUCAUUGUAUUUAACAAAAGUUUAGUUGAAUGUUCUUCCACUAUUUUGUUUUGGAAUUGUGUAGGCUUUGCUUGUCCUUUGUAAACAUAAUAAUUUUAUUAGCCCUUUUGAUGGUAUUUUCAAAUUAUUAACUUUGUUACAACUCCUUGACAGAAAUCUCCUAAGGAAACAACCCACAGAAAAAUUGAGAGAUUCUGUUCUGUCUCAAUAUCUAAAAAGGUAGUGCCUCUUUCGUAAAAUGUAUAUAAUAGAAAACGAAACAUGGGCAACAUUGUGUACAGAUUCGCUAGAGUUGGGUUGUGUUCAUUUUACUUGUUAUUGUUCUGUUUUAUAUAAUACCAUUAGUUAAUGGUAACACAUAAUUUAUUGUUGGCUUAAUUCCACGGAAUAUAUUGUGUACAGUCAAAUUUUAGUUCCUGAAACAUUGUACUGAAUGUUCCACAUUUGUUCCAAGCAGACAAAUGGAAUCUGUUAAGCGUGGUUGUAUAUUUACAUUAAAUGCUAUUAUAUUGUACAUUUACAUUAAAUGUUGUACAAUCAGUAAAUUAAUAAAUUGUUUCAGGAUU